CGCGUGCAUUUCCGUUUCACGGUGCGCGUUACUCUCGACGACGCGAGGACGAGGAGUCGCCGGCCACGUUCCCGCGAUAGUCUCGCCCCGCGUUUCCCGCGACCUCGACGCGAGUGUCGUGCGCGCGCGAGCUCGUCCUUAUGCGAACGUGGUGCCGCGCGACGACGCCGCCAUCGUCGCUACGAGCACCGCCGCGAGGAGGAGCCGCCGAAGAGUCGCCGUUCUCUCGCGCGACGCGUCAUCGCCAUUUCCUCACCGACGCGGUCGCCGCGAUCGACGCACCAGGACGCGCGAUGAAGAAGAGCUGAGUGCACGGCUCGCCGUCGACCGGAUACACGAGGGAUGAGCGGUUCGCGGCUUGGAAGAGGCCGAGGCGGUCGCCUGGCUCUGUAUGGGAGCGCUGGAGUAGUAGCUCUUUUGCUGAUAUUCUUUUAUCGUGCCGCUGUCUCGGAGAUGACCAGGCUACAAGAACUUCACGAACAAUGCGCUCAUCAGCAGGAGGCUCUCGCCGCUCAACUGCAAGUUAUAUUCGAGUACAAAGUUCGGUUGGAAAAGUCCUUGGCCGAAGAAAAAAGUUCAAACGCCGCGGUGAAGCAAGAAUUGCAACAGCGUGCAUCGCAGGAGAGGUCUUUACGCGAUAAGGAUAGUAUAGAGGCGAUGCGAAGGUUCGAUUCGCUUCAACAGACUUAUCAGCUCCUGCAAACGGAACAUCAAGAUUUACAAGACGAAUGUAAAAAACGUGAAAAGCAGGCAUUGGACGAAACUAAUAAGUUGGAAACGACGCUGCAAGAUUUACGCGGUCGCAUCCGGCAGGCGCAUGAGGAAAAGGAGAAAUUGAAGGCCAAGUACCUGGAAUUACAAGAUGAGAAGACUCAGCUUGAAAACAAGUACAACGAACUGAUGGCAUCUAGCGGUAAUACUGAUAGUAUCAUCGAUCAUCUCAAAAAGAAAGUCUUUCAGCUCCAGCAUGAAUUGGAUGACGCCAAGAAGUUCUAUAGAAAAAGCACAUCUCCCGAUCCGGUACCGAUAACUCCUCGAGCGUCACAAUCAGCAUUGCAGAAGGAGGACUCACAACCGAUUCCGGCGCCACAACCGCAACAGAAUACAGCGCGCGAUUCCGCGAGUUCGCGAAAAAUGGAAAACUCUACCGUAGCGAAUAACGCUAAUUUAGUGUCGCCGUCUCUCGUCGACAAGAUCGCCCCGCUACCACCUAGACCUUUGUCGAAGGUCAAAUUGCCGGUCGGCGUAUUGCCGAUUCCGGAGAUCAUCGAACAGAAAGUCGAAGAACAACGUCAGGAGGAGGUUCAAAAGCGAGACGACGCGGUGGCUCACAAUAAUUUGCAGCAGCCACCGUUAAAAUUCGCUUCGGCGGAUAAUAAGGAGGAAAAAGAGCCGAUGGUCGAAGCUGGUAAUCUCGAUCCUCCGUUUGCCGCGAAUCCUCCCGCGCGACACGUUGGCGAUCUGAUCGUUGAGAGGAGAGCGAACGACGCUUGGUUAAGAGUGAAACCUGGAGUACAAGAGAUUGGCGAAGAACUCAAUCAGCAGUUGGGUCGUGUUUCUGGAUUAGACGAUGGGCAAGCUAACGGCGGUGACGAUCAGUACGAUGGCGGCGACUAUGAUAAAGAACCUCAGCAAAAGAAUGAUAUUCAUUUGGCGGAAGGCGAGGAUGAGGGAGAAGACGAGGGCGACAUGCUUGAGUAUCCGCAUAAUUUGAAGCAAGAUAAGCGGGAAUAAAAGUCAACAUUAUAGCUGGAAAGUUUUUUACGCGACCGGUGGUCGAGUUCUAUGAGUGGAAAUCGUCUGAAAUAUAAUCGACUUGACCAAUGUUCACGAUCAUCUCAUCAGUAAAAAAUACUUAUUAUGCAUUAUAAUCUGCAUGAAUCAUUCAAUCAUUCAAUGAUUAUCUCGUGAGAAGUUGGAGAGAACAUGAAUCAUGUUUCGAAAAGUCGUAUGAAAUUUUAAAUAAAUAUAUAUAAUAAUACGGUGUAUAAACGUCAACGAUGAGCCUUUGAUGUUUACACGGUUCUAAUAAAUCUUUUCCCGAGAAUUUAAUGCGAGCUCUUGAAAAAGAAAAGAAGAUAGACUGUAUUUUUCUAGAGAUUAAGAUCCAUAGCGGAGAUGCAUAGAGUGGAAUAGUCAAGAGUGACUUAAUCGCACUUAUUACUUAAGACACUCAUGAUUUUGUUAUUAAUACAAGUGCGUCAAGUUGGAUUUAUUGCACUAGCAGAGUUAACUUAUCGAAUGUUCUCGGAAUAAAUUAAUAUUCACGAGAAAAUCUAUCAGAAAAAUGUUUCAUCUAAUAAAUAUCGAAGCUGAUCGCGAAUUACUUCUUUCUAUAUUAAUUUUAUAAUAUUCACGCGUCUCAUGGUACAAAUGGUUAAUUCUUUUACUACUUGUCCAAAUGCAAGAUGCGGAAUGUAUAAAUGUAGAUAUUUUGUAUAAAUGUAAAUAAAAGUUUGGGAUAUUUUCCGCCCAAUCUUUUUUACAUUUAAAAAAUGUUAUUGUUGGAAAAGAAAGAGAGAGAAUUCAUCGUAAAUCACCACAACAUAUAUGUGAUAUUGCAUAAUAUAAAGUUAUCUCUGCUACUGCAAACCAAUCCUGUUUUCUGGUACCCCUUCUUAUCAUGGCGACAAUCGAGUUCUUCAAUUUUAAAAGAAUACAUUAAUAAGGUUUAAUCUUGUUUUCCUCGAUAUCAUUGUCGCUAAUAAUUAUAGAUUGUCAAAUUGUGUUAUUUUUAAUAAUGCAGUUAAAAAUAAACAUGUCAAAUUGACAUACAUAUAAAGAAAUUAACAUAUCGUUAAGUUAACAUCUGCUGAAAUUAAAUCUAACAAAUUGUAGAAGAGUGAUCGAAAUAUUCGACGUCUUAUUAAUUUUAUGAUUAUUGAAAAUCUUUAUGACUUAACUGUUAAAAAGGUUUAUUUUAAGCAUUUCACAUAUAUGAUGAGCAUAGCGUAAUUUUGUUAUAGUUUAGAGAUCCAGUUAUAUAUAAACAUAUACAAAGAGGCGUUGUAAAUGUACAUAAACGAUUUUUUCUUAAUAAAAGCAUUUAAAAAACA